UGGCGGCACUGCUGGGCUGCACUGAUGGGUACUGGUGGGUGGCACAGGUGGGUGGCACUGCUGGGCACAGGUAGGUGGCACUGCUGGGCACAGGUGGGUGGCACUAAUGGGCACUGGUGGGUGGCACUGAUGGGCACUGGUAGGCAGCACUGCUGGGUACAGAUGGGCGGAACUGGUGGGUAGCACUGCUGGGCACCGAUCAUCAGGGUAUUGAUCAUCAGUGCCCUGAUGAUCAGUGCCGAUCCCUGCUCUGACAACUGCCAGUUCUCGGUAGUACUUUCCUCACGCUCUGACAGCGUGAGGAAAGUGCAGCCGAGAACCGGCAAUUGCAU